CUUUCUCACUUCCGCCCGCCAUUAUUCCAUUUCCAUCCGCGACCGUCCAAGACAUUUCAUCCCAAACAUUGAACAUCUUCGUUCGACACAACAACCACCAAUAUAUAAAUAUAUGCGACAUUAAUAGGUUUUCAGAAAGAUGCCGGCAGGAGGGUUUCUAAUGAUAUUGAGAUUUUGAAGACCAAAGAAUGACAUUACCAAGGACACACUGUGAAGUAGUAUUUCUUGUAAAGUGCCAUUAAUUUCCCAUUCCUAUAAUACACGGCAUCAAAAUUGACUGAGACUUUCCUCUCAUAUAACGUCUUUCAUCAGUUCUGAUUUGUAAGUUCCAGACAAAUGUAUAAGAUACCAACUUCAUUUGAAGAAAACAGUCUUUAUUGGAAAUAUCCAAAGAAAUAUUUUUUUACUGAAAAUUAUGGGAGAAAAGUCGCUUUCUAUUUAAUGAGAAACACUUGAAAUUAUGGAGAAGAAACUAAAUGAAAGACUGGAUGAUAACAGAAGAGAGACUGGCAAGAAUGAGGUUCCUCUUCAUCAGACAGAGAAAGUGUACAAGUGUGACACAUGUGGGAAGUCUUUUAAAACCAGAAGAUGUUUUAUACAACAUAAAUUGCUCCAUGUGCAAUCUAAACAUGUGUGUGAUGUAUGUGGGAAAAAGUUCUCUACAAAUCAAUGUCUAUCUAAACACAAACGUAUUCACACAGGAGAGAAGCCGUAUAAUUGUGAUAUUUGUGGGAAAAAAUUCUCUGAAAAUUGUAUUUUGUUGAAACAUAAGCGUAUUCACACAGGGGAGAAGCCAUUUCAUUGUGAUAUUUGUGGGAAAACGUUUUCUGAAAAUAGCAACGUAUUGAUUCAUAAACGAAUGCAUACAGGUGAGAAACCAUAUCAGUGUAUUGUUUGUAAGAAAGCAUUUUCAGUGAAAAGUAAUUUAUCAAAACAUAAACGUACUCAUACAGGUGAAAAACCCUAUCGCUGUGAUGUCUGUGAUAAAGCUUUCUCUGCUAACGAUACUUUAUUCAACCACAAACGUAUUCACACGGGAGAAAGACCCUAUCAUUGUGAUGUCUGUGGGAAAACAUUUUCUGAAAGCAGAUCUUUGUCUACUCACAAACGUAUUCACACAGGAGAGAAACCAUACCACUGUGAUAUUUGUGGUAAAGCAUUCUCUAACAGUAGUUCUCUGUCGACUCACAAACGUAUUCACACGGGAGAGAAACCUUACCAUUGUGACGUGUGUGGCAAAACAUUCUCUAAAAGCAGCAACAUAUCCAUUCAUAUUCGAAUUCACACAGGAGAGAAACCAUAUCGUUGUGACAUUUGUCGCAAGACAUUCUCUGAAAAUAGUACUUUAUCUAAGCAUCGACGUAUCCAUACAGGAGAAAGGCCAUACCAUUGUGACAUCUGUGACAGCACAUUCAAUAAUAAUAGUUCGUUAUCAACACAUCGGAGAUUUCACACAGGAGAAAAACCAUAUCAUUGUGAUAUCUGUGGCAAGACAUUCUCUGUAAGCAGUUCUUUAGCGAAACACAAACGUACACACACUGGGGAAAAACCUUACCAUUGUGAUAUUUGUGGUAAGACUUUCUCUGAAAGCAGUUCUUUAUCCAAACACAAACGUACACACACGGGAGAAAAGCCAUACCUUUGUGAUAUUUGUGGGAAAUCUUUCUCUGACAGCAGCUCUUUUUCCAGACAUAAACGCAAUCAUUCAGGAAAAAGCUUACCAUUGUGAUUUGUGCAAAACUGCAUUCACUGCUUGUAAUUCAUCAUCUACACCAGUGAUUCUCAAUCGGGGUCUAUGUGACCCCUUAAGGUCCAUGUGACCCCUGGGGUUCAUAUAAGACUUUUGGCAGUCCACACAAGCUAAGUAGUAAAUUGGGUCCACAAGUAGUAUUUUAUGAACCCAUGAAAAAUUUUGCUUCAGAUUUAUUGGAA